AUGGCCUCCACAACGUCCGCAGAGGCCUCGGAGCCUAAAUCAACACCAGAGCUGUACUAUGAAUCCGAGAACCCAGCCGGUCAGGAGACAAUUCUCUUCAUUCACGGUGCCUGUGGCAGCGGCUCAGAGUGGAAAGAUGUCAUCCCUCAUCUCCUUCUAGAAGACUACCACAUCCUCCUUCCCGACCUACCAGCCCACGGCAAAUCAGUAUCAAUCCAACCCUUCACACUCGACCUCUCAGCUCAACUUAUCCUAGAACUAACAGACAAGCACGCCAAAAAUGGCUGCGCACAUAUCGUUGGUCUAAGUCUCGGCGCUCACAUAGUCGCCCGUAUCGCGGAGCUCGCAAAGCCCACCCAAAUUCUAUCGCUCAUAGCCUCGGGUUACAAUACUAUUCCAAAACCGUCAUAUAUGCUUUCAAUGCUUGCUGUGCCAACUUUCUGCGCGCAUCAUUUGGUCAACUUUGUUAUGAGUCCGAAGAAAGAGCUAGCGCAGGUGCAGAAUGGGGAGAGCGCGUAUGGGUUGAUUUCGGAAGUUGCUAAGAUUAUUUUUGACCCGAGAGUUCUUGGAGAGGUUCGGGGGAAGACGUUGGUUAUUUGUGCGGCUGAUAAGAAUUCUUGGUUGGCGAGGGAUAAGCCGGAUAAUGCUAAGGAAUUUUUUGAGAAGAUUGUUGAUGGGAAGGAAAAUGGGAGUCGGGUUGUGGCGCAUUAUGCUAUCAGACAUGCUUGGCAUAUUGAAGAGCCGAAGUUAUUUGCGGAUACGGUCUCGACUUGGGUCAAAGGGGAACCAUUGGAUGCUGCGUUUGAAGAUAUUGAGUAA